AUGACCACGGAGGGCAAUACAGACGUCCGCGACUCGACCCUUUCCGCCCUCAAAUUAUCCUGCCCUUCAGCUGAAGUGCUCAGCUCUUCGAUGGAAAACCCCUUCGUCGUCCACGAGGUGGAAACCCCACCGUUGUUACGCGAGUCCGAGAACGAGUGGUCGGACGAGGAGCAAUUGAUACCCAAUGCUUUCCACUCUUCAUGGCAGCCAACCCCUCUGCGGAAUAACAGGCCGUUUUUGGUCGUGCCCGGUGAUGAGGGCCUUCACGGCUCAGCGUCAUCAUCCACGUCCUCAGGGACUGGGCGAGUACCAGUUAUUACGAAGACAAGCGUACCCUCCGUUCCAGCAAAAUCGCCAUCGAGACCAAAGUUCGAUCGUGGUUUAAGCCAAGACGAGUUAAUAGAGCGCAUCGUAGCCGUCACAAGAGAAAGAGACCAGCUUCGACAACAGCUUCGAAUGUCCACCACCAAGCAUGGGUCGCCGCGAUCAAAUGGUCACUACCGACCAGACGACAGAGCCUUGGUAGAAGAGCUGCAGGCACUGCGCUGGGAGGUACGUCAGUGGUCAGAACGCUACUUCAGCGGUACGUCGGCAAAACGUCAAAGUCGACCAGCAUUGUAUUCUUCGAAAGAGCUUUUCGGCCAUCUUACGGAUAACUAUGCCGCAUAUCUCAAGCAUCCGCAGGAUCGGCCACUCCUUAUACAAGCGUACCUGUGGAGCAAGCUACAGGCUCGAAUAUUUAGUAGCUACCAUAAAGGCUGCGGAUACGUCUGGGCGGGGGUAAAGAAUGAGGAAGAUGCUGAAGAGUACCACCAUUGGAGAGCUCUUACCACAAACCUACUCGUCCCCGAAGUCGAUGGCAAAUGGAGCCCAAACUUCGACGCUGGGCCGAUCCUGAAAUGGAUCGGCAAGUUUGCAAGCCGCAUCCGUCGAAAAUUGAGGCCUUGGGCAACUCAGAGCCUUCGCUCGGGGAAAGAAGAUCUCAAGACAAUAGUGUCCGCUGCGGCGGCCCUCGACUUGAAAUUCAAAAAGCAACAAGCAGACUACCGAUUUGUGACGUACACUGGGGGCAAAGCCAGCCAACAGUAUGGAUACAUGUUCUAUGAAUCUGAAAUGGAGGAAAUAGACGACGAAGAGAUCGAUAAUCCAGGAAAAGUUGAACUUGCGGUCGCACCGGCCCUGGAGAGAUGUGGUAAUGCAAAUGGAUAUAUAUAUGACCAGAGUUUCAUUUUGUUAAAAUCUGAAGUUACAUGCAAAAGAGUUCUACGGAGCAGAGCUGCUGCUGGACGGUUGCCGCGCAGCAAGAAUCGUGGUGUUGCCACAAGAGUACGAUCUAUCUUCAAAAUCUAG